UUCCAAGCAGCUUGAUCGCUGCCAUUGACCGCUGCAACUGAACCACCCGGCAGUUUCUGACUCGUGCGCGCAUGGUAUGGUUGAGGUCUUGCACUUUGUAAAUCCUCUAAACACUGAACAGAGCAAGAUGCUGGUUUCUCCCCCUCUCCUAUCAUUGUAGCACCUUGUCGUUAUCAUCACGUGAUAGCGCGAAGACUAUCGCCGGGCAUCAGCUCAACGCGCUGCUGGGGCGCGUAGCAGCCUGGAGCUCAAUGGACCUCAUCUGCCUAAAACGAGCCAGGGUCCAGGUCCAUCCAGGUCCAUGUCCCGCUCCGUCACAGUGACCCUCCAUUUAUACGCCGGGCUUCUUCUUUGUGAGCCUUCUAGUUCAACACCUUCCGAGACCUCGCAAAUUCCAAUGCAUCGUCUACAUUAAAAUCACCAAAAAACACACCCCACUGCAGCAAUGGCCGACAAGGAGGCGUCAGUCUACAUCGUCGACCUCGGUUCGUCCAUGGCUGACUGCCACAACGGCCGCACCGAGCCGGACCUGGACUGGAGCAUGCGCUACGUCUGGGACAAGAUCUCGACCACCGUCGCCGCCUCGCGCAAGACGUGGACCGUCGGCUUCAUCGGUCUCAAGACGGACGAGACGCGCAACGCCAUGCAGGACGAUGAGGGCUAUGAGAACAUCUCCGUCCUGCGGGAGCUCGGCCCCAUGACCCUGACUUCGCUGAGGGAGCUCAGGGCGGAGGUCAAGCCGAGCGAGACCGAGACCGGCGACGCAGUCUCCGCCGUGGUCCUCGCCGUGGAUAUGAUUGAGAAAUUCACCAAGACGCUCAAGUACAAGCGGCGCAUCUACCUCGUCACUGACGGGUUGGCCCCCAUCGACGGCGAUGACAUCGACUCGAUUGCGAAGAAGAUCAACCAAGAUGGGAUUGAGUUGAUUGUUCUGGGCGUCGACUUUGACGAUGCAGAGUACGGCUUCAAGGAGGAAGACAAGCCCUCGAUCAAGAAAAAGAACGAGGGGAUCCUUCAGGAACUUGUCUCCAAGUGCGAUAAGGGUCAGUUCGCAACCAUUGCAGAGGCCAUCGACGAGCUCGACACCCCGCGCCUCAAGCCCACCAGGCCAUACAAGACGUACGACGGGCCCCUGACCCUCGGCCUCGCCGACCCGCCCGCGGACCUCAAGAUACCGCCCACGCCUGUCGUCAUCAACGUCGAGCGCUACUUCAGGACCAAGCAGGCCAAGCCCCCGACAGCCUCCACGGUCGUCGUGUCGGCCGAGGGGCAGGGCGCUGCGUCCCAAUCGACGCAAGCCUUCGAAGGCGAGCCCAUGGAGGGAGUCGAGUCGGUGUCGGGUUUCGCGGCGGUCCGGUCCGCGCGUACGUACAGGGUCAACGACCCCGACGCCCCGGGAGGCAAGCGCGACGUCGAGUUCGAUUCGUUGGCCAAGGGGUACGAGUACGGCCGGACGGCGGUGGCGAUCAGUGAGUCCGAGUGGAACGUCACCAAGCUCGAGACCGUCAGGACCUUUAGCAUCAUCGGAUUUAUCCCCUGUGAAAAGUACGAACCGUUCCUCAACAUGGGCGAGACCUGCAUGACAGUCAGCCGCAAAUUCGACGAGAAGUCACAACUCGCGCUCUCCUCCCUCAUCCACGCCCUCUACGAGCUCGAGUCCUACGCCGUCGCCCGUCUCGUCGUCAAGGACAAGAAGGACCCUGUCCUGGUUCUCCUCGCCCCGCGUAUCGAGCCGGACAUGGAAUGUCUCUACGACGUGCCCCUCCCCUUCGCGGAGGACGUCCGCGGGUACCAAUUCCCGCCCCUUGACCGCGUCAUCACUGUCAGCGGGCAGGAGAUCACGGAAAACCACCGCCUGCUGCCCGGCGACGACCUUACGGCAGCGAUGAACGACUACGUCGAUUCCAUGGACCUGGGCACUUUUGGCGCCGAUGACGAUGGAAACCCGUCAGAGUACGCCGCAAUCGACGACACCUACAACCCCAUGAUCCACAGGAUCAAUCAAGCCAUCCGCCAGAGGGCGGUCGACCCCCAGGGUACCAUCGAACCCGUUCCUCCCAUCCUCGUCCGCUAUGCCGCACCACCCGAGGACCUCGUCGAGAAGUCCAGCUCGCAGAUCAAAACCCUCGUUUCAGCAGCGCAGGUCAAGAAAGUGCCCCCCAAAGCAAAAGGCAAACGCAAGCACGAGGCGUCGAAACCCCUCUCGGGCCUCGACGUCGACGCCCUCCUGGGCACGCAGCCCAAACGGCCCAAGAUCAGCGCGGAGAACGCCAUCCCCGAGUUCAAGCGCGCCCUCGCCGUUGCCGACGAGGUCGAAACAAUCGUCGACGCGGCCACGCAGAUGGGCGACAUCGUCGCGCGGCUCGUGGCCGACAGCUUCGGCGACGCCAACUACGCCCGCGCCCUCGAGAACCUCACCGUCCUGCGCGGCGGCCUCGUCGACCUCGACGAGCCGGCGGUGUACAACGACAUCGUCAGGGGCCUCAAGGGGAAGAUCCUCUCCGGGGAGCUGGGCGGCGACCGGCGCGAGAUGUGGUGGAAGAUCCAGAUGUCGAGGCUGGGGCUCGUGGAUCAGGCGACGUCCGAGGUGUCGGACGUCACGAGCGAGCAGGCCGACGAGUUUUUGAAAUCAAAAUAACGGACUAAAAGCGGGCGUUUUAUUUUGUUUUUUCUCAGGGUGUAUGAAAUGGAAAUUCUAAUCGUCUCCGUGUUGCCUACUUCCUGUGAACCCGUUUCCAUCUUCUUCUCUUCAUACUAGGGUUUUUCAUAC